AGAAGCGGUUGUGAAAUGUAAUGUACUUAUGUUAUAUAAGCGUGUGUGUGGUGCUGAUGAAGAAAGAACACAACAAUAAUAAUAGUGACUUACAAAAGUAACAGCAGCGACGGCAACAGAAGCUGCUCAUUGCUGAAUUUUGCAGAGCUCCUUGUCUCUUUUCUUUUCUCUCUCUUUCUCUCUCUCAUCUGUUCCUCUGCAUCAGUUGUGGCCUCAUCAGAGACACAAACACAAAAAAGCUUCAGAGGGUAACCCUCUAACACUCUAAGCUUUGACACAAACAACUGAGAUAGUGAAAAGAAAGGAGAGAAUGGGAGAAGGAGGAGGGGGAAGAAGAGGGACUUCAAAGCUGAAAGAAGCAGCAAGGAAGGUGGCUGUGGCAGCAGCAUAUGCAUGUGGCUCAUUCUCGAGGAGAAAGGCUUUGGUGGAUCCAGUAUCCAUUGACACGUCUUGUAGUCUAUCUGCCACUACCUCAAUUUCUUCAUUUUUGUCUCCAUCAAGAACAAAAAAUUCCCCAGGGGAGGUAAUGGAGGAAACAGAUUCUGGUAUCAUUACCAACAUCAACAAUGAGCUUCAUGGCAAGAAUUUGUGUGCAAUAUGUUUAGAUCCUCUUAGUUACCACAGCAAGGGAAGCAGUCCUGGUCAAGCUAUAUUCACUGCUCAGUGCUCUCAUGCAUUCCAUUUUGCCUGCAUCUCUUCCAAUGUCCGCCAUGGAAGUGUCACUUGCCCCAUUUGCCGUGCCCAUUGGACUCAGCUCCCGCGCAACCUAAACAACAACCUUAGUGGGCCUUUCACUUCUUCCAACCAAAGUGAUCCCAUUCUUCGAAUCCUUGAUGAUUCCAUUGCUACCUUCCGUGUUCAUCGCCGAUCUCUUCUACGCUCCGCACGCUAUGAUGAUGAUGAUCCUGUUGAACCCGAUGACGCACCUGACAGUCCCAAGCUGAGUUUCUCUCUUGUGCCUAUUCCACCAAAUGCACCAACCAGUUAUCAUCCAGCUUUGCAAGUGACCAAACAUGCCUCAUGUCCUUGCCAUUUAUCACUCCACCCUUUAACUUGCAGCUCCUCAUCACAUGUACAAUCUCCACCAAUGCAAACACCUUAUAUCAUGUGCCCUUCCUCAAAUAGAGCCUAUCUCUCUGUGAAACUCACCCACGAACGAGCCACUGACUUGGUCUUGGUGGCUAGUCCAAAUGGACCACACCUAAGACUUCUCAAACAAGCAAUGGCUCUUGUGGUUUUCUCCCUGAGACAGAUAGACAGGUUGGCCAUUGUUACAUAUUCCUCAGCUGCGGCUCGUGUGUUCCCCUUAAGACGCAUGACAUCCUAUGGAAAGCGCACAGCCCUUCAAGUGAUUGACCGGUUGUUUUACAUGGGGCAAGCUGAUCCAGUUGAAGGGUUGAAGAAAGGGAUAAAGAUACUUGAAGACCGUGUGCACAAGAACCCCGAAUCAUGCAUCCUGCACUUAUCAGAUAAUCCUACUAGACCAUACCAUGCUGUGAGCAUGGAACUACCAUCUACUCCAAUUCAUAGAUUUCAUGUGGGAUUUGGCUUUGGCACUUCUAGUGGAUUUGUCAUACAAGAGUUUGAGGAGUUCUUGGCCAAGAUGCUGGGAGGCAUUGUGCGAGAAAUCCAGCUGAGAAUAUGUGGGGCUGGAGAGGAAGUUGGCAGUGGCAGAGUCAUAAGGAUUGGAGAGAUAAGAGGUGGAGAAGAAAGAAGGAUUCUGUUAGACCUUGGUGACUGCACUCAUGUGUAUGUGGAAUAUAGCUACAUUGAAGGUGAAAUUGAUGAGUGUGUUAGAAGGACAGGGGAAACUGUUGUAGGUGUUGGAGAACAUAAAGGUGAUGCUUCAGAAGAUGGUGAAGAAACAGUGAGGGAUAUGAACACAGGUGGUGGUGGUGGCAGGACUAGCAGUGUUGAAAGUUGGGAUUUUCAUGAUCCUUACAUGGCUAGAAGAUGGGCCAAGCAUUUGCAUGGUUAUAGACUUUGAUAUUACAACUAUUGUUUUAUGUAGACCAAUGCAUUUCUUGAGGCUAUUUUUUUCUAGGCCAUCCCUCCUGUCUUCGAUAUCUAUAGCUAGAACUGUAAUCUUAUAGAACUUGAAAAGAUUAUACAAAACAUUAUUUCUUCA